CCCUCAACAAAAUUGAACAUGACAUUGCUGAGGGCGCCUCAGCGCUUUCAAUACGCUAGUCGUGUAUUUACGUCUACAUCCUUAUCCACACCCCGUCAUGCAUAUCUUACAUAUAGUCGAGUACGAUCUUUGACCUCGACAUCACACCACCCCACAAAAAGCCAUCCAUCCUUGUCCUCAUCAACGUCCAAUACCACAUCUGUGGAAGAAAAUGACGCCCCAAAAAGCCAAUGUACCCCCCAGGCGUCUCAACACAUCCCCUGGUAUCUUCAGGAAGAGAGCUCAGUACCUGCAGUGUCCGAGGUCACCUUACAGGAGAAACUCCCAGAGCUCCCGGAAAACCCACCCAAAAUCUUGCCGGAACUCCUAGAAUACAUCUUUAAAGACCUCGGCCUUGAUGAGCUCAAGUUGAUUGACUUGCGACCACUGGAGACGCCCUCAGCGCUCGGAGCGAACGUCAUCAUGAUCAUCGGAACUGCGCGCAGUGUCAAACACUUGAACGUUUCGGCUGACCGUCUGUGUCGCUGGCUGCGGAGCGAAUACAAGUUAUCGCCGUAUGCGGACGGAUUGUUGGGAAGGAACGAGCUGAAGAUUAAGCUUCGGCGCAAGAACCGCAGAGCUAGAAUUGCUAGCCGAACUGGUACGAUGUUUGAUGAUAAGGACGACGGGAUUACUACGGGUUGGAUUUGUGUCAACGCGGGUGUCGUGGAGGAGCAUCCUGUUGAGGAGCGGGUGGAAGGCGAUUUUGAGGGUUUUGGCCCUCUCGUGGGGGGUACGAGAGUGGUAGUUCAGGUGUUCACGGCAGAGAAGAGAGCGGAAAUGGAUUUGGAGACUCUGUGGGAAGGAAGACUGGCGCGAGCACAGCGAGAGAGACAAAAGCACGCCGAUGCCGCCAAGGAUGACGCACCCGAAGAGGUUCGUUAUCCCAACUCAAUAAGUCCGUCACCAUCUGACUAUAAAUCGCCCAAUGUUCCCAGGUCGUGGAUCAGUCUUCCGCAUGAACAAAGAAGACAGUUUCAUAUUAGAAGUCUGCGGUCAUUCGCGCGCCCGGCACACCAUGCUGUUUUUACGCCACGUUUUAUGUCCCAGAAUCAUACCCCUGCUGAACAUGCCAUCGUAGGGAGCGAACUGUCUUCUCCGACUGCAAUGCUCUUGCAGUAUAUUACGACUAUGCCAGAUCAGCAAUUGAUGUCUGCAUUGGGGGAUAGACCAGAUGACGAGAGUUCGACCGACUUCCUACGACUUUUCCACCACAGUCUAUUAGGCGCUUCACCGAAUGUUCUAGCCUUGGCCAGACUGGAGCUCCUAUGCUUGGCACAUUCCAGAGGGCAUACAGGAAUCAGCAAAGAAAGCGUACAUCGCGCAUUCAUGGGUUGCUGCUUCUCCGCCUCUCAUAUACCAGAUCGUCUAAUCCCCACUGUCGUUGAUAUCCUGCUCACCCCCCGAACAGGAGACAACCCAGACGGAGAGAAAUGGUUCACUGAUGCCGACAAGGAAUUGGCUCUUAGUGCUCUAGAUCAACUCGUUCUUAGAGGGAACGAUUUUAUGAAUCUCCAGUUCUUUACCCGGCUAUACUACCUCUCCUCACUCCCCCCAGGUCCCCCCGGAGAAGAAAAUGAUGACGGUCUGACCCCAGCAGAAAGAGGUGCCCAUGUCGUACGUAUGAUUGAAAUCCUUGAUAUUCCCUUCGACCCUAUCCACGCCCGAACCCUCAUGGUCUAUCUCUUCCGUAACGGCGACUAUGACGCGUUCAUGAAGUGGUGGCGCACGCUACCUCUAAAGAAUAGCCCCCGGACACGCGAAGACUAUGAGAUGCUUUUCCGUUUACAUGCUGAUUCAGGUGAUUCGCGUCUGACGCGCGAGUGUAUUUCCACUUGGGCCCCCAUGAUGAGUCGCGAGGAUCCGCCGAUUUGGCUUGAGGGAGACCUCGUUGCCCAUCUCCGGGACUGUCUUUUACUUGCUGACGAAAGAACCCCAGCCAGGGCUGCGGAGGGGACUCAGAGUCUUUUUGCAAAGCUGUGGCGGGCGUGCGAGAGAGAGUUGAAUAAAUCGGAGGUAGUAUAGUGAAAUUCUCGUGGCCGUAG